GGCUGUGCCGAGCACACGCCGGCUGGAGGGGACGGCGAGCGAGCGGGCGGGCGGAGGAGGCGGCAGGCAGCGCCGCGCCGCGCCGAGCCGAGCCGAGCCGAGCCGAGCGAAGGAGGGACGCGCCGGGCACGGCCGCCACCAGCCCUCCCCAAUCCUCCGUCAUCCUUCCCGCCGCGGCGGUUUGGCCCCCUGACAGCCGGCGGAGCAGCAGCCCCACACGGCCCCCUUCCCGUCAGGCACAACUGAACCAUGGAGCUUCGAGUGGGGAACAAGUACCGGCUGGGCAGAAAGAUUGGCAGUGGUUCAUUUGGAGACAUUUAUCUAGGAGCCAACAUUGCAACUGGUGAAGAGGUGGCCAUCAAACUGGAAUGUGUCAAAACCAAGCAUCCCCAGCUCCACAUUGAAAGCAAGUUCUACAAGAUGAUGCAGGGAGGAGUGGGUAUCCCCUCCAUUAAGUGGUGUGGAGCAGAGGGGGACUAUAAUGUGAUGGUGAUGGAGCUCUUGGGGCCCAGCCUGGAAGAUCUCUUCAACUUCUGUUCCCGCAAAUUUAGUCUCAAGACAGUUCUGCUCCUGGCAGACCAGAUGAUCAGCCGUAUUGAGUACAUUCAUUCCAAGAACUUCAUCCAUCGGGAUGUGAAGCCAGACAACUUCCUUAUGGGCCUCGGCAAGAAAGGCAACCUAGUAUACAUCAUUGACUUUGGUUUGGCAAAGAAGUACCGAGAUGCCCGGACCCACCAGCACAUCCCUUACCGGGAAAACAAGAAUCUGACUGGCACAGCCCGUUAUGCCUCUAUCAACACCCACCUGGGAAUCGAACAAAGUCGUCGGGAUGACCUGGAAAGCCUCGGCUAUGUGCUCAUGUAUUUCAACCUGGGCUCACUGCCCUGGCAGGGCCUCAAGGCUGCCACCAAGCGCCAAAAAUACGAGAGGAUCAGCGAGAAAAAGAUGUCAACGCCCAUUGAGGUGCUUUGCAAAGGGUACCCAUCUGAGUUCUCGACAUACCUCAACUUCUGCCGCUCACUGAGGUUUGAUGACAAACCCGACUACUCGUACCUGAGGCAGCUCUUCCGCAACCUGUUCCACCGCCAAGGCUUCUCCUACGACUACGUCUUUGACUGGAACAUGCUUAAAUUUGGAGCAGCCCGGAACCCUGAGGAUAUGGAUCGGGAGAGGCGAGAGCACGAGCGAGAAGAGAGGAUGGGGCAACUCCGGGGGUCAGCCACACGAGCACUGCCUCCUGGCCCACCUGCUGGAGCCACUGCCAACCGCCUUCGCAAUGUCACUGAGCCCAUGGCCUCCACCCCCACCUCCCGAAUCCAACAGUCCGGAAACACGUCCCCCAGAGCAAUCUCAAGAGUGGACAGGGAGCGGAAGGUCAGCAUGAGGUUACACCGAGGAGCUCCUGCCAACGUCUCCUCAUCUGACCUCACAGGGCGGCAAGAAGUGUCACGGAUUUCAGCAUCACAGACAAGUGUGCCAUUUGAUCACCUUGGGAAGUGAGGAGCAAUUGCCACUGGACCAGUGUUUGCUUAGUGUCUUCACUGUAUUUUUCUUUUAAAAAACAAAAAACCCCAAAAAAACAAACAAAACUAAAAAAAGACAAAAAAACAACAACAGCAACAACAAAACCAACCCCGACAGAACUUCUUUUUGCCAACGACGAGGAGUCAAGCUGUGUCCCUGCACUGGCGUGAACUGUUUCCAAGAGGGGUUGCCUGUGUCCCCAGUGGGAGCACCUCCGAGAAGAGAAGCUGACAACAUGGGAGCUGCCCCCCUACCCCAGCCCUGCAGCUGCCCCCAGCUCCCUUGCUUGACUCUCUGCCUCCUGGUUUUGGUUUCUCUUUUUUUUUUAUUUCUCCUUCCUCCUCCUUAGAUAUUUUCUCUGUUUUUUAUUUUAUUUUAAAUUUUCAAAUCAUAUGGUUUCCAGCCAUAUAAAUUUUAACUUUGCUCUCCUUUUAUUUUUUUCCGGGGGCAGGGUAUGGUGGGGGGAUUGGUUUUUUGUUCAGUUUAUGGGUUGUUUAUUGUUUUUUUUUUUUUCAAGAGCAUUGUGGGCCGGGAGGGAAUCAGAUUCCAGCCACGUUUGAUGGUAGAAGUCUGAUUUUUAUUAUUAUAACUUUAUUUUCUCAAGCAUUAUAUGAAUUUUAAGCUGUGAGGGGGAGUUAUGGCAACGGCCUAAUCAUUGACUUGGGCUUCCUUUCCUUGGGUGGCUUCUCUUCCUUUCUUUUUUUCCGGCUGUCGGGAGAAGUGCCAGUCAUGCCUAAAUCUGAGCGACCCACAUGUGCCGAGGGAUCUCUGUGGAGAGGCACCUGGUCUCAUGGAGGAUGGGAAGGCUGGAGCUGAAAUACAGGGAGAUGAGAACCUACUUCCCAUCCAUGCAGCGGGGUCUUCUUUUCGUCUGGCUGUGUGUGUUUUUCUUUUUUUUUUUUUUUAAUUAAAACUUGUUUUAAUUCCUGCGGGGAGAGUGUGGGACUUGAGGAGAAGAGAGGGGCACACAGAAACUGGAGCGUGGUGUUCUUUCAGAUCGAUGGCUCUUGCUCUCUCCUUCCCUCACGCAGCCCCGAGUAAGAUCCACCGUACAUGCACAACCCCUUCCUGCCCUCUCCCACCUGUCUCCCCUUCCCCCCCCCCCGCCCCCCUUUUAGUUGUUUUUAAAAUAUAAUUUAGGAAUACUCAAGCUGCUUUGUGGCACUUGGGGCUUUGAAACACGAUGAUCACCACUGCGACCUAUGGCCUGUAGCAGACACACUGUCACUGUAGUGUGGAGCCGAUGGGUUGUUGGCAGGGCGGGGAGGGUGGGGUUAGUCUUUGUUUUGUUUGUUUUUACCCUUUCUAUUUAACACUUUAUUUUUCCUCCCUAUUUUUUUCCUAAUUUAUUUACCCCUCUUACUGUCUCUCUCUUUUUUUUAAUUAAAGAGCAAAACUUUUUAUUACUUUGUAAUUUAAAAAAACAAAAAAAAAACCUGAAGAACUUUGGGGGGGGAUUUUGUACUUUUUUCCUGUGUAAAUAUUGGACUUUUUUGAGCUUUAUCGUGGUUGUUAAUUUGAAGUAAUAAAGUAGAAAAUUAUAAAGUGA